CUCGACCCUCGGGUGCGCACUGUUGGACGCUCGCUUGGGUUCCAGGGCUACAGCGGCGACCGAGCCCGAAAGUGUUUCUGAUCUUGUUUUUCUUUUUUCCUUCCACCCAAGCAGAGCGGCGGCAAGGCGGCAAGGCAUCAAGGCGGCCUGGGAAUCUGAAAUUAAGGGGUAAGGGAGAGUAGCGAGUGCUAUGGGAUUCAUGUUCCGGGUCAGGUUAUCGUCCUUCUUCGCUGGCGCCACCGCAGCAUCGGUUGCUGGCUUCUAUUUCCUCUAUAAAGACUAUAUGUUCUCCCAGCAGGCCAUCUUCCAAAAGGUUAAAGGCGCCUAUGAUUCUCUUGAUGAACGCAUUGAUGUUCUGAACCAGCGUAUCAUAGAACUAGAGAAAUUGAAAACGGCUGAGUCGCCUAUACCUGUUGAGACUUCGAGUGAGUAGAAUCUCAUUAGUUUCCGGAUAAAGUGUUUAUUUUGCUCCUCUCUUUUUUUCUUGUUCUAGCGCUAAUCUUGUUUACCUCAAGAUGUUCAUAACUGGAGGAAAUGUUUUGUAUUAUGUGCAAUACCAGAGAAAUUCUUGUGUUUGGUCAUUUCAUACGUAGCAGAAAUGUUCAGCUUUCUGCUGGCCUUCUGAUUUAAGGAUCUUGGGGCCGUAUGCCGGCAAAAGAAGAGUCAAUUCUGAUUAUUUAAACGAAUUUUCUUGGCAUAAAAUUUACAUAGUCGCAUUGUAUCAGUAAAUGUUUUAAUAAAUUAAUACUGCCACAUUUUACAAA